AAGGGGAAAUGUCUUUGUUGGUAGUUAGCGAGGCUAUAGAAUUCGUGCGAGUCGUGCUUAGCCUGCUCUGCUUCUCACAAUCAGCUGUGAUUCGUUAUUGAUACGUUAACAAUGUCGUAUAGUUACUCGUGUUAAUUGUAAAUAUUUCAGAAAUAUAAAGAAAUAUACCGGAAAAAUGUUUCCUUCAAAUAAUUUGUGCCUUAUAUUAAUAUUGAUAAGUAGCUGCUGUGCGACGCAAAGAACGUUGAAAACUUUUCUCAACCCUGGAUGCAAUGAUCUUUGUAUAGUGGAAAAUGUGACAACAGUUUAUUUACGAGCUGAAGGUUCUACUGACACUUUGCACUACAUAUGGGACUUUUUUGGCAAUCCUUCUCUUCUACUAGCCGUAACAUCUCCGUCCACUCAGUUGAACGUCAAUUGGAACGAGUAUCUUUUGAAUCAACCAAAUUCAAUUCAAUUUACGGAAGAGCCACAGUAUACAUUUGGAGUUGUUUUACAAAAGUUUUAUGAAUUCAACGAUGUCAAUGAUACUGGUGUACUGGGUACCAUGAAUGAUGCUAACAUUAAUGUUUUGGAUACAAAAAUGUUCAAUUGGAUUCGCAAUGGUGUAUCGAAUAACACAAACUUUGUUGAGUUACUAAUGAACGGCAAUGACUACAAUGAUUUCUUUGCACAUACAAAAAGACAAGGCGAUGUGCAGAUAAUGCUGAAUGGAUUUUGUACACUGGACCAUUCAGAUGUUAUGCCGCACAUGUUACAUUCCGAAAACUCAACUCAAAUUGAUAUAGUAUUGAACAAUCUGCAGACAAAUUCCUCGUUUACGAGUAGCAGAUUCGCUAUGGAACUGCUUCUUGUCAGUGAAAGUGAAACUCGUACAGGAAUGUUUGUCGAUGCUAAAAAAAGCUUGGACGACGAACAUACACCAGGAAUAUUUGAGGUUAUCGAGCUGCGAACACCACUGGUUAAGUUACCAAACGGGGAGCAGAGCUCAGCAUACUUACAGUGGAGACCGGUUUCUUAUACUGGACCUUCUCGCGACGUGAGCGAGUCUACCGAAAUUGUGAAUUAUUUACUAGUCAACAUCACCAAGAAAGCAAAUGUUGCUAAAAAUUCUCUUCUGCAUGCUUAUUACGGAAAAAGAAUAGAACAGUUGUUAGUUGAAAAAAUGAACGUAUCCCUUGGAAUGAAGGGCGACGGAUUUUAUAAAAAAAACAAUUAUUCAACAUGGACUUUCCUGGUUGGCUAUGGAACUCCUCCAGCCGAACAGUUUUCCUAUUUGGUCAUAAUGAUAAUGGCUAUUGGACUUGGUUUACCUGUGCUGCUGAUGCUCGCCGUUGGCAUUUAUUUUUGUGUUCGAAGAAUACCAAAACGAUACGACAAUGCAUUCAUCAAUUCUUAAAGGAAACAACGAUGUAUCAAUAUACUUAAGGCUUCUUCGUCCUAAUAGGACUUUCGUCCUAAUUGUACAGACUUACUCGUGACGAUUGAUGUAACAUUAAAUUAUUUUAUACGACAAUGAGGCUGAUUAAUAUUUUCAUAUUUUAUGUUUCAACUUUCCAACAACAGUUUAAGAUUUUGUAUAAAACACCGUGAUACUGCCCAACCGAAAACGUGAAGAAAAAACGAAAAAAGAUUCGUCGAUUGUGCACUAGAAAAGAAAAAAAUAUAAUGCAAAAUAAACUAUUGAAUUGACAUUUUCAA